GACUGUAAGAGAUCUUUACAGCAUUAAGAAAGAAUUGCUUUCGCGGUCAACAUAUAUUAUCGAUAUUUCGUGUGUUUAUGGAGAAAGUCAGUGAAAGUUCUGUGUGGCGGUAUUUAACGUUAGGAGACAGUAUUUAAAGACAUUCGAGUCGUCGAUCAGCACGUCCUCGUAUGAAAUCACACGGAUUUAAAUCAUAUUUGAAAUCUCGAGUGUCAAAUCGUGUUUAAUUCGACAAUGAGAUCCGAAUCUCGGAUUUGAGUGAAAGAAUUGCUGUCUAAACGACAAUGUUUAUGAAAGUGCUACUCGUAUAUAAAGUGAAAUUUUCAUUAUUACGUGCAACAUACUAAAUCACAUAGUGAAAUUUUAUAUUGCAUAAUUCUGCAAUUCAAUAAAAUAUGAACUCAUCAGAAUUUGUGGAGUUUGGCAAGGCGACAAUCGACUUUGUUGUCGAUUACUAUAAAACUUUAAGAAAUAGAAAUGUUCUGCCCGAUGUGGAACCGGGUUACUUAAGUCGGUUAUUACCAGAACAAGCACCUGUUAAGCCUGAAACGUGGCAAGAAGUGCUUGAAGAUGUGGAAAAAUAUAUUAUGCCAGGUAUAACACAUUGGAAUUCUCCUUACUUUCAUGCAUUUUAUCCUACGGCUAAUUCUUAUCCGGCUAUCGUGGCCGACAUUUUAAGCAGCGCGAUUAGUUGUAUAGGCUUUAGCUGGAUAGCAUCACCAGCCUGUACUGAACUCGAACUAAUAACAUGUAAUUGGCUUGGCAAACUAUUAGGGUUGCCUAAUGAAUUUUUGAGCCACAGCAAUGGAACAGGCGGAGGAGUAAUACAGGGAUCUGCAAGUGAAUGUACAUUAAUCUGUUUGUUGGCUGCAAAAGAUUAUACAAUGCGACAAAUAAAAACUCUUCAUCCAGAACUACACGAGGAUCUCAUUAAAUCUAAAUUAGUUGCAUAUACUUCUAAUGAGUCGAAUUCUUCAGUAGAGAAGGCAGCAAAGUUAGGAUCAAUGCUGAUAAGACUACUGCCAGUGGACGAUAAUUGCUCUUUACGAGGUGAAACUUUAAGAAAAGCGAUUCAAGAGGAUCAGGAGAAAGGCCUUAUUCCAUGUUACGUCAUCGCUACCUUAGGAACUACUGGCACGUGUGCAUUUGAUAAUCUUGACGAAAUAGGACCAAUAUGCAAAGAAUAUAACAUCUGGUUACAUGUUGAUGCUGCUUACGCCGGAGCAGCAUUUGUGUGUCCGGAAUUUCGUUAUUUAAUGUCCGGCAUUGAAUAUGUAGAUUCUUUUAAUGUAAAUGCACAUAAAUGGUUGCUUGUGAAUUUUGAUGCUUCGGUAAUGUGGGUAAAAGACUCGAGACGACUUGUAGAAGCAUUCAGUGUUAACAGAAUAUAUCUUGAACAUGAUAGAGAAGGACUAGCACCUGAUUAUAGAAAUUGGCAGAUUUCUUUGGGUCGACGUUUUCGUUCGUUAAAAUUGUAUUUUGUCAUGCGAAUUUAUGGAAUUGAAGGUCUUCAGAAUCACAUUAGACACACUAUAAAAUUAGCGCAACUCUUUGAAAAAUAUGUUAGAUCAGAUGAUAGAUUCGAAAUAAUUACCGUAGUUAUGGGUCUCGUCUGUUUCCGUAUCAAGGGUGAUAACAGUUUGACAAAAAGGCUUUUAAAUUGUCUUCAGGCUAGAAGACAAAUUUAUCUCAUCGCAACCACUUAUCAGGAUAAGCUUAUAGCCAGAUUUGUUGUAUGUAGUUCAUUAACUACAGAAGAAGACAUAGCUUUUUCAUGGAACGAAAUAAGUUGUCAGACAAACGAAAUUUUACAAAACGAAUUUUAUCAAGAAACAGUUGAGAGUAUCACAAAAUCGCCGGAUGAUAUUGUGACAAGAAUAGAAAAUCUAAACCUGGCAACAAAGGAAAUUUCGCAGAAAAUAUCAUAAUCCCAAAAAUUUUAUUUAAAAAUUUCAUUUGAGAAACUUGCACAUUUUCAUUUCAGACCUACAUAUUUAUCAUUAUGUAAUAUUAUAUAUUAUUAUAUGUGUGUCUAGUUUUUAUCAAUUCUAAACAAGUAAUGUACAAAUAAUGAUUGUACAAUGUAUUUUAAUAAAAUAUAUGGAGGUAUAUGCGAAAUUGAUUAUAGAUAAAAAUCUUAUU